AUGUUGCUAAGUACCCAGAGUCCUCCAACAGCUGAAGCUACUAACUGCUUCCCCACUACCAACUUGUCCGAGGACAAUAACACCCAGCCCAAUACCACCUUCUCUGAGCCACUACCUAUGCUCCACAUGCUCCUGCCAACUGUGUGCUCCAUGAUCUGGCUGGUUCUCCCAGUCAACAUCUCUGAGUACCUGCUGCAGCACUGACCCUUUGGGGAGCCAUUCUGCAAACUGGUGCUGACCUUCAACCACUAUAACAUCUUUUUUAGCAUCUACUUCCUGGUUGUGAUGAUUGUGGACUGCUUAGUGGUACUGGUCACUGUGAGAUUUUACAGAUUGCCUAGACAUACCUUUGCAUCUGGCUGGAUGUCACCAUCAUGGGUCUGCCCUUUCUUUUCCUUUGCCCAUGUCUACAGCAAUGAGUUACAGGCACCCAGUUGUGGGCUACACUUCUUGAGGCCAGAGCAGGCCUGGUUCCUGCCCAGCCACAUUUAUACAUUGGUUCUGGGCUUUUCAGUGCCUGAGUGCAUCAUCUGCCUGUUAUAUGUAGAUCUACUACCCAGACUUCAUACAAUGAGGCUCCACUCUGGUGCUAAGGUUAUGAGGAAGGCCAAGAGGAAGUAACUGUCCUGGUCCUCGAUGUGUUGGCUGUGUUCCUUCUCCGCUAAGUGCCCUUCACUUGCCUGGCCUCUGGUGGCUCAGACUAUAGACAUGGAUUAGCAUCUCCUAUGCCAUCACUAGCUCAGCUAUGCCAACUCAUGCCUCAAUCCUUUCUUGUAUGCCUUCCUGGAUGACAACUUCUGCAAGAAUUUCUGUGCCAUAGGAGAAUGCACUUCAGCAAUAAGGCCAAAUAUUGCUAUGGCCCAAGACUCUGACACCCUCAUGGCAUGUGCCAUACCCCUGCCCACCAUGUCCUCAGCUUGCCAGAGCACUUGGACCUUCCCUUAA